AUGUGCUCGAAGACGGCUGAUUCUUUGAGGUGGCAUGACAAGGAGCGUUCUAAAGAUGGAAAGUUAAGGCAUCCCGCUGAUGGUCAAGCACGGAAAGAUUUUGAUAGGUUGCAUCCAAUUUUCGCACAAGAUUCUCGCAAUCACAACUUGUUACGCCACAACCUUGAUGUAAUGCACAUAGAGAAGAAUAUAGUUGAGAGCAUACUUGGAACUCUUGUGGAUAUUCCUAGCAAAAGAAAGGAUCAUGCAAAAGCCCGGUAUGAUUUGAAAGAGAUGGGAAUUAGAAAGAAUCUUCAUCCAAAAGAUAUUGGAGAUAAUAAGAGAACAAAGUUUGCAAAAGCUUGCUUCUCAAUGACAAAUGGAGAGAAAUCAGUUUUUUGUGGAGUUUUAAAGACAGCCAAGCUACCUGAUGGUGGUGCCUCCAAUAUAUUUAGGUGUGUGCAAUUGGAUGAAAGAAAAUUGCCUGGUUAUAAGACCCAUGAUGCUCAUUUCAUGUUACAUUACUUUCUUCCAAUACCAAUUAAAAGCAUCCUUCCAGAUCAUGGGGCUAUUCCUUUGAUUCGUCUAUGUUCCUUCUUCCAACGUUUGUGUCAAAAAGUUAUCAUAUUGGAGGAACUAGAUUGCUUAGAAGUAGAGAUCAGGGAAACAAUAAAUUGGUUGGAACGAAUUUUUCCUCCGUCAUUUUUUGAUAUAAUGAUUCAUUUGCCUAUUCAUUUGGUGAAUGAAGUGAGAUUAGGUGGUCCAGUUCAGAACCGAUGGAUGUAUUCCACUGAAAGAUAUCUACAUAGGGAAGUACAAAUCAAAUUUAACAGAAGAGCCCGAAAUAAUGAUGAAUGUGACCCAAGUGAUGCAGAAACAGUGAGUUUGUUUCCUAAAAAGGGAUGUCCUUUAGGAGCAAAGAAAACUGAUCCAGUUUGUUUAGAUAACAAGUCACUAAGUCAGGCACAUGCAUACUUAUUGGGAAAUUGUGAUGAGAUUCAAGAAUAUAUUAGCAAGGCCAAGGAUCAUUGUCAAAACUUCUCUCAAUGGUUUGAAACUCAUGCUUUGCAAGAGGAUGUGCCUGAUUUGAUAAAAGAAUUGUCUAGAGGACCAAAUUCUGUUGCUAAAAGAUACUCUGGGUAUCUCAUUAAUGGAUAUAGAUUCCAUAUUAGGCAACGUGAUGCAAGGCGUAAAACACAAAAUAGUGGUGUUACAGUUGUUGCCUCAACUACAUGCUUUGCAAGCUCAAAGGAUAAGAACCCGAUUGCUGCAGAUUUGACUUAUUAUGGUAGAAUAGUUGAUAUAGUUGAGUUAGACUAUUAUAUCCAUUUGAAGGUUUUUCUGUUUAAGUGCGAUUGGUAUGAGGUUGAAAAAGAUAUUUAUGGCCUUAAUUAUGUCGAUUUUGACAAGAGAUGCUCUCAGGAAGAGCCUUUUGUGCUUGCAUCUCAAGUACAUCAAUGCUUCUAUGUGCAAGAUCCAUAUGAUCAAGAUAGACAUUAUGUUAUGAAGACUGUUCCGAGAGACUUGUUUAACCUAAGUGAUGAAUUUGAAUCUGAUCUCCCACAAAGUUAUGAAAAUGAGUUGUCUGAACACUUGAUGGGACCAUCCAUACCAGAAGAUGAUGGUGAAGUUACCUUAGUAAGGACUGAUGUACCAGAAACUGUUAUUGAUAUGCCUUCGGAGGAAUUUGUUACUCAACAACUUGAGGUUGAGUAUGAAGAAGAGUUUGAAGAUGAGUCUGAAGAAGAGUGUUAA